AUGUCCAAGACUUGGGCAGUGCUGGGCUUGGGUGCCGUGACAUUUCUACUGUGGCGCCUCAGCAGAAUCGGUCGAAGGCCUAGUAACUACCCCCCUGGGCCGCCGACUCUGCCUUUGAUCGGAAACCUUCACCAAAUGCCCACCAAGAAUGCCCACCUACAGUUUCAGAAAUGGGCACAGGAAUAUGGGCCCGUGUACUCACUUAUGCUGGGAACCAAAGUAGCCAUUGUCUUGUCGUCAGAUGUGGCCGUCAAAGACCUCUUGGACAGACGUAGCUCGAUCUAUUCAGGGCGGCCAGAGCUCUAUAUGGGGCAGGAGAUUAUGAGUGGCGGUUAUCGGCCACUUUUCAUGGGAAACAAUUCUGUGUGGAAAAUGGUCCGAAAGCUUGCACACGGCCUCCUCAGCGUAAAAGUCUCCCGAACUUAUGUCCCGUACCAGGACCUUGAAGUGAGAGCCAUGUUGAUGGGCUUACUUGAAAGCCCAGGCGACUUCUUGAACCAUAUUCGUCGAUAUACAACCUCUCUAACCACGCAAAUGGCUUUUGGAUACAGAACCCCAGAAAGUGAUGACAAGAAUUUGCUGGAGAUGUUUGAAAAUUUCGAAGAGCUGUCAAGGCUGACUGGAAGUCAGUCUGCCGCCAUCCUCGAUCUAUAUCCAAUCGCAAGGCUUCUCCCUGACUUUCUCCUCCCUGUCAGACGAAUGGGGAGAGAAUACCACAAGAGAGAGUUGAAGCUAUUCAUGAAGCACUUCAUCAAUGCUCGGACCCAGCAGCCGUGUUGCGCCAUUGAUCUUCUUCGCGCACAAAAGGAGUAUGGAUUCUCCGAUGAGCUCGGCUGUUAUCUGAGCGGCUCUCUCUUACAAGCUGGCUCCGAAACGACGGCCAUCAUCCUGGUUGGGUUCUUCCAAGCGAUGCUGGUCUUCCCCGAGGUCGCGAAAGAAGCCCAAGCGGAGAUUGACCGUGUUUGCGGAGAUCGCAUGCCUGAUCUGAACGACUUUCCAGAUUUGCCAUAUGUCCGCGCCUGUAUGAAGGAAAGCUUGCGCUGGAUGCCUGCUACUGCUUUGGGAGUCCCCCAUGCUGUUACCCAAGACGAUUCUUAUAUGGGCUAUCACAUCCCCAAAGACGCUGGCCUCAUACUGAAUGUCUGGGCCAUUCAUAAUGACCCAAAGCGACACCCCGAUCCACGAAGGUACAAUCCUGCCCGUUGGGCGGGCGAUAACCAAAACUCUGCGCAAGCAGCAGUCAACCCUGAUCCAGCCAAGCGCGAUCACUUCGUAUUCGGCGCCGGCAGGAGACUGUGUCAGGGGAUGCACAUUGCCGACCGGUCGCUCUUCUUGGCCAUGGCUCGUACGCUUUGGGCCUUUGACCUGAAGCGACCGAUGGAUAGGCAAACGGGGCGGGAGGUCAUCCCAGACGUGGACAACAUCAAAGACGGCCUGUUUAUAUCGCCCAUGCCUUUCGCAGCUGAUAUUGUCCCCAGAAGCGAAAGCAGAGCCACAGCAGUUAGAGAGGAGUGGGACAAGGUGGCAGGGUUGCUUGAUGAGAAUAUGCAGUGGAAGACUGUCCCGGAAGGUCUGAAGUGGAAGGACUAUGAGCCUCUGGACGAUGAGAAUGAAGACAUACUAGACUCCCUGUCAUGA